AUGGAAGCGUUUGAAAGGCUUCAUGCAACCUCAUGGGAAGAGGCUAAAGAAUUUGUAGAUACGGGAUAUGUUUCUAUGUCACAAGAGAUGAACGCAGUAACACAAGCCGUUGAAAUGGAAGUUGAACAAGGAUUUGAUAUUAUUGAGAUUUUAACUGAAUCAUCAAAAGGAAAAGAUGAUAAGAUUAGAUUAUUACAAGAACAGAAAGAAUUAAAUAUGGAUGAUCCAUCGUUUUCUCCUGAAAAAUACUUAGCUCUUAUACACAAUGACACUUCAUUCAAUAGAUUAAUUAAUGGACCAUUGAGACUUGAAACAAAAAUCCAUCAUAAAAAUAAAGAAAUUAUGCAUUUGGUUGAAUCUCAUUUUGACCAAUUUAUCAAUUGUAAAGAUACAUUAGAUAAAAUGCAAGUCAUAAUUAAUUCUGCCAAAGCUGAGGCUGUUAAAAAUGGAGUUUAUCUUAAUGUUGUUAUCAAAAUGCAAGAAAAAUAUAAUGAACUUCUUAAUUCUUUAUCUUCAAUUAAACAACUUACUGAUUUAAAGAAUCGUGUUGAUCAGUCCAGAGAUGCUAUUUCAGUUAUUGAAAGAGCCCGUUCAGUUUUUUCUCUUCCAGCUCAAUUACGAUCAGCAGCAGCUAAUAGGGAUGAUGAUAGAUUUGUUAAUGUUUUUAAUCGUGCACAAGGUUUAUCAAAGGAAACAGAGAUUGGGAUAUAUCAAGAUGUAUUACAAGAUUGUAAUAUUACUGCCCAAAAAUUUGUUGAUGAAUUAUUUUGCAGUAUUAGUAAAAUUGAUUUAACAAGAAAUCAAUAUGACCGUUGUUUAACAACAUUGUUUGAAAUGAAACAAUUCCCAGUUAUCAUAUUAAAAGAUAAUCCAGUAAUCUUUUUAUUAAGAAGCCAUCGUGAGACAUUAAAAAAAGAAUAUGAAAAUGGUUAUAAACUUAUGACUGAAAAGAAAAAAGAAUCACAACACGAAAAGUUCUUAGUUCAAUCAAUAAAUAUUCUUCAAACGAAUAGUAAGUAUGGGACAAACACCCGUGGGAUGAGUAGUACUACAAGAUCACUUACAACAAUAAAUGGGGGUAAUAAUGCAAAUAAAACAAUUGGUUUUAGUAAAAAAUAUCAAACAACUCAUAAAUUUUGUAGUAAAAUGAUUGAACAUAUUUCUAAGUUAAUUGGAAUUAUGCAAUUUUCUUCAAAUAAAAAGAAGAAAGAAACUGAAGAAGAUUCUAGUCAAUUAAGAAAAACUACUGUACUUUUUGAAGAUGGAACUGUUGUUUCUGUUUCGUAUUCAAAAAAUACUACUGGUACAAUGUUUCUUGAUUUAGCACUUACAACUUAUAAAUUAACACAUCCAGAUUUACCAUUUGAUUCAGAGUUUGAAUUAUGUAGUUUUAUUGGAAAAACAACAGAAAAGGAUAAAGCGGUAUUAGAAAAAGCACUUAGUGAAGCAAUUGUAUUAGGAGAAAAUGAUAUGCCAUUUGAACUUGAAACACGAUGGGCUACAGCAUCUAAAGAAAUUAGUCAUUCCUUUUAUGCAAGAGCAAAAAAAGGAGUUGUUGAAAAAGAAUCUACUUCCGACAGAUCAACGUAUGUUGUUAAAAUUAUACAAGAUUUUUGUGAUAGUAUGACAAAAAUAUUUGAUUAUCAAGAACAAUAUGAAGAUAUAGAAGAAUUUAGUAAUAGCAAUAAUUUAAUUGACAAAGCUUGUCUUGAAGAUAUUGAAAGUGUAUUGACUGCAUUUACUGCACAACAAAUUAGUAAUAAGUUUAGUGAUCCAUUAAAGAAAACACAUGCAGAAUUAGUCACCUCAUUUAUUGAGCGUAUUACAUCACAAACAAGACAACGUAUUAUUAAUUUAAAAAAUUCUGAUGAAAUUUAUAUUAAUCCAGGAAAUGGUAUUCUUAUAGCUUUUCAAAAACUUUAUACAGAAGACUUUAAAAUGCUUAAAGAAAUUAUUCAAGCCACAGAAAAUCCAGAUGAACAAGUUAUUAAAUACUUUAGUAUUGCUAUUGAGGCUCUAAAAGAAUUAUUUAAUACAGCAUCAAAAGAAUGUGACGAAGCAUUAAUUGCUCAAAAAGGAAGAGAGAAUGAAACAUUUGAUGAUAGUAAUAUUGAAAUGAAUGAAUAUAGACAAUUAACUAAACAAAGAAAGUUAUUAUCAUUAACUGAAAAUGCACAAAACGCCUUUAGUGGACAAGUGUUAUGGGAUCUCUACAAUUUCUCAAGUACUAAGAAAGAAGUAGUUGGUGAAAACAGUAGAGUAAAAGAUAUUUUAAAAGGAUUUGAAGGAAUUUCAGCAAAUAUUUUAAAAUAUUAUAUUAAUGAUAGGAGUGGAUACUUCAAUGAUCUAAUGAAUAGAAUUGAUGCUAAAUGGUAUGAGAUUUGGAUUGGAGAAGAUAUUGAUUAUAAAGUUGUUGAUGAAUAUGCCUUAAAUCUCAUUACUGAGCUUAUUAUCAUUAAACAAGACCUCCACAUUUAUGCAAUGAGCAAGGAGAGUCAAUGUAUGUCACAAAUUGUAUUGAAUUUACUUAAAGCCUUUGAAGAAGUUACAAAAAAAUCUACUAAUGAAGUUAUAGAGAAACAAACUGGUGAAAAGGAAUCAACAAUAGUUUGUCUUCGUUGGUUAAUGGGUGCAGAGUUUAUUGUCGAAUCAUGUAAACCUCUCAUUCAAAAAGAUAACGAAACACCUCAACAGAUAGAAGAAGUUCUCUCAAAUAUGAAGAAUAUGAUUGGUGUUGAGUCAGAAAAUACUAAAAAUCAGAGGGCUACAGCUGUUUUAAAUACCAUGAAUAAAUUUGAAGCUCUUAUAUGUUCCUUUAAACUUAGUGCUGCUGUUAAUGAAGAAAAAAUGGGUAAAAUCACUAGGGUUCGUGAUCAACAAAGAAACAUUUCAUAUCUUGAUGUUCCAAUGGAAAAGAAUUAG